AUGUUGAAAUUAUUACUAACAGUUUUAGUUUUAGCCAAUUAUUCAUCAAGUAUACUAGAUACAAGUGCGCUUCUUUCAAGACAAAGGAGGACGUUAAUUUAUCAACCCGGAUUGAAUUGGGCCGAACUUGUGGUGGGUCUUGGAUUGCCGGUGGAUGUUAAAGAUCACAGCAUAACCUGGGGCGCUGCGGUUAAGAGUUACUACGAGUUACCAAAUAACAGCACGAUCAUCACGAGACCUUCGAUCGAUGUGGCGAGGAAGAGACGCGAAGCCGCAACGGCUACGACCAGAUGGAAGCUGUACGCUGCAGUCCAAAUGUUCGCAGAAACCUUCGGUUAUCAAGACGCUAAAUCCUGCAUACUGAAAACGAUUUGCCAGGCCGCAUCCGCACCCUUCGACGGUCGCACCGGAUUACUUUCAGAAGUCUUGCAUCUAUUUUUCACUCCUUCAUCCACUAAUGAAGCUGUCGAAGAUCAAUACGAUUACGAGUAUCAUGCAGCCGAACGAUUGGGGAAGGAAUACGCGCAAUGCGAGGUACUCUUCCCCGAAUGCGAGUCCGACUUCAUGGAGCAAUUCACCAAAACCUUAUCACCGUGAAACGCUUUAACUUUACAAAACAAUAAA